ACGACUGCUUCCAAUAUGAAUUUCACCACAGUCAGCCUGUACUAUGUGCACUGUAUUAAAACUAGGUCAUCGAUCAUGAACGGUACCAUCACCACACCAUUUUGGAGUAACAAAACAACGACAUCAGACACAUUGUCAUCGAUGAGUGAAACGUCAGAACUAGGAAUAAUGGUUUCUAUGAUUGGUGUAAUGUUUAUGAUGAUUAUCCUGUACGCAGCUGUCUGUCGAUUGUGCUCCUCUGAAAAGUACCAUGAUUCUUUGAAGCAGGCCAUAUUCCAUAUUGCACUAACUUUGUUAACAUAUUUUCUCUACCUGUUUGACACUCUGUCUGAUGUGUUCCUCCUCAUACAUUACUGUAAGAUUGGAGAAUAUUUAAUUUUUUUUAUUAUUAUGGUUUUCACCGUCUUGCCAGUUCUAUUCAUAGCGACUUAUUUUUAUGGCAAAGGUGUUGGAAACAACAUUACAAAGUACUGUGAGACUCUGUGUGCAACAUGUGUACAUAAAUGUCGAUAUUUCAACGUGGUGAUCAAGAUGCUAUCAGUUUUCAUGUCGAGUCUGUAUGCAGUAAUUUUGCCAACACUUACGUAUGCUCAGGCACUAGCACAAGGAAAACAACCGGAUAGAAAUUUAGAAUAUACUGUAGCUUACCUUACUCUCGUCGAAGCUACAGUAGAGUCAACACCACAGUUAACAAUACAAAUAUACCUGUCGAUUACGAAUACACAAACCGAAACUACUCAAACACAGAUAAUUCGUUACAUGAGUAUAGCUGCAUCUUCCCUAGGACUGGCUUGGUCUUUGAAUGCAUUCAAGCAUCAAUAUCGAAAGACAAAACAGAACCAAGAAGACAGAUUUUUGAUCAAAUUCAUUCACUGGAUAUCACGUUUUGCUGAAAUUGUGCCACGUAUUAUCUUAAUUUCGCUCUUUAUGGCUGAAUAUAGCUAUCUUGUUUUAAUUCUCAUAAUUUAUCGUGUUCUAAAUGGACUCAUGUUCGUCUGUUGUAAAGAACACUUUUUACUGGACGACAUUUUGGGAUUAUUUGGCAAUAUAUUUUGCUAUUCUGUAUCUCGCAAUGUUCGAUGCCAAAAGAAGGAAUACUGCGGGGGAUAUUUUUUCCCAUUAUACUACAUUUUAUAUUAUGCAGAAAAUGUUGCCAUGCUGUAUCUUUGGUAUAGUGAUGAUCCUGCUUUACUUAAAAUAAAGAUAGCUUUAGGAGGAGCUUGUUCAAACCAUGAGUGGUAUGCACCUUGUGUAUUCGUUGUCGUCGUUGUCGGAUUUGUUGUUCAACCGUCACUUUUGUUAGUGUACUAUCGGUUACGGAAAAAACAACAUAAACCAAAAGAUACGAACACAUCUGAAUAGAAACAUAUUCGCGACCAUUUUUUUGUAAUUACAAUCUCGUUUUCAUCGUUUGUACGUGAAUGAGAUUUACAACCAGAUUUGAACUUGCAUGAGACGGGUGUAACAUAUGGCGCAGUAUCUGUUUGCUCUUACGGAGCACUUUAGUUCAUCCUAAGAUUGUGUUUUGGUUCUCCUUGCUCAGGCUUUUGUUUUCUAUGUGGUUUGUUGUUUAUGUGUAUGUGUUUUUUGUCGGUUUUCAAUAUUUCCAUGGCGUUGCAAAUUUUUGUUUAUUAUUGUUUUUUCAAUGUUCCCUUGAUAUUUUCAAUCUUGCUUUCAGUAGGAAAUUCAACCUGGUUAAAUACUUCUUUUCAUUAAAAGACAGGCGAAGAAUACCAAAGGCACAUUUAAACGCAUAAUAUUAUGUCGAAAAUAAACUGACAACCCCAUGGGCAAAAAAGAAAAGACUAACAAAUAACGGCACAUAAAAUACAACAUAGAAACCAAAUACUGAGCAACACGAACCCAACCAAAAAACGGGGGGGGGGGGGGGGAGGAGGUUAUUAGCUGCCCCGGAAGAAUAAGCAGAUCCUGCUUCACCUGUAGCACCCGCCGUGUUGCUCAUGUUUGUACAAACCUGGUGAUAAGUCUAAUUCGGUAGGUCACAUGCGGGGAAAGGGGACGGGUUUGUAGUAACACCUAUUGGAACAUAUCCAUUGUCAUCUGUGAAACAGAUAUUCCAUAACAGUCAACCAACUCGUGAUGAUGACCGCAAAAUUUACGAAGUGACGAUUUAAACUUCAUCACUUCAUUUAAUUAACAAUGCAAUUAAAUAGUCAAUGUGCUGUCUUUACCGUUAUACAUAAUGACAAUCUGAAAGAAAUGCACAUAUUAAUGUAAAUAAAGUGCCGCUCCAAAUUAUUUGCAAUUCGUGAAUUUAAUAGUUUUGUGUUUGAAAGAAAAAAAACGUUAUCUAUUCUUAAAUACAUUUACACGUUAAAAAAAGAAAAUAUAUGCAACUGAAAUUUACUUGAAUAAACUACAUUUAAAAAAAAAAAAUACUGUUCGAUUUAAGAACAAAAUUGUCUGAAAUGCUUGAUUUUAUAGGUAAAUGAAGUGACUUUUUCUAUACUUGAUACAAUGUCAUGAAUUUAACACCGAAAAGGCAAAGCGGAAAGUUGUCAGGAGCUAACAUGUUUUGCAAAAACUAUUUAUAUAUAAUUUGACUUAAAUUGAUGGUAAAACACAACUUUAAAAGAUAUUACAAAAUAUAAGUAAUCCCGUAAAAUGGUUUAUACUAGGCCUAUAUAUUUUGCCGAAUAAUUACGAUAACAGAAUAAUAGCUUCAAGAGAAAAAAUCCAAAGCAGAUCUAAAUAUAGAAAAAAAAUAUAUAAAAAUAACUAUUCAGAAAACAAUUGAAGUUCUUUCCAACAUUGCAUUUUUAUUGGUAAGUAAGUGUGAUAAAAAAGUAAUGUCUAGGUUAAAACAGUCAUAUUCGUUGUCAUUAAAUAGAUACCAGUUUUGUGUAAGUUCCGGUUUACGUAGGGUCAUACCCAGAGUCGUAUGAUAGUGGGUCACAUUAUAGAGAUUCCACAAAUAAAUGAUUUCUUAAACUUCCGGUUUAAACAACGUCAUUUCCAGUUGAUCUUUGUCAAAAUCAUUUGUCACCCAACUCUUUAAAAAACCAUAACUUGUCAUGUAUCAUUUUGAAGAAAACAUCAAUUUUCCUUAUUUUAUUUUUUUUUUUUUGAAUUUCAGGGGUAAAAACAAUACAAAAUUGUUGGAUUGUAACGGACGUGAUGUACCAUUUCGUCAUUUAAAUAACUGAAACAUUUAGCACCGGUUCUUAUAUUUGACAGUUUCAGAGAGCUUCUCUGAAGGCAAGACAAAACUAUUAACUUCGCCUAAACCUUUGUAUCUAAGAACUCAAUGAUCCCUAAUUAAAAACAAUAGGUCUAAACAGUGACGGUCUGUAAGUGACAUCAAAAUACCGAUAUUUGAAAUAGUGAAGGAAACAUGGCUUCUAAAAUGUCUUUCGAUCACUUCGGUCCAACAUACCAAUUUUCCUUAUAAUGUAACGAACAAUUUAUAAGAAACAUAUCAAUACUUGUUUUGUUAUAGAGAUAAUGAGCUCACAAGAAAAACUGUUUUAUAGAUUACUUUCCCAAGGUUACCAGGUGACCUUUAUAAAUGUCACAUGACUCCAGUUACUAUCAUAAGUAUCCCAUGGCUUUAUGAUGUAGCUUUUCUAAGUGUUUAUCAAUAAUCUAUAGCUUAAACAUUUGGGGCAAUGAAAAUAUAUAUAGUUAGUAGGUGUUGUAUUGAAAUUAUGGACCCUAGAAAUGAUUUCAGAUUUACUCCAUCUCUCCGUCAAGUGUUGGUUUUCUUGACACUGAUUCCAUAAUAUAAACCUACAGACAUGUAGCAAUUGUAUUUAAAAUUAAACAUAUUAAUCAUCGGUGGCCGAGUGGUCUAAGUAUUUACUACUGUAAUCACUAGCCAGUCAACACUGAGGUUGUGAAUUCGAACCCCGCUCGUGCGGGUGCACUCGACUCCAAUCUUAAUUAGGAUUGUCAGUUUUCCUAUCGAAGGUCGGUUGUUUUCUCCGGCUACUCCGGCUUCCUCCACCAAUAAAAACUGGCCGCCACGAAAUAGCCAAAGAGCGGUGAUUAAAAGUGGCGUUAAAACACCAAAAAUAAAAAAAAAAAUCAAAUCAAAUAUAUAAAUCUUGUGUGUACAUGGUGUGCCGAUGGUGAUAAUCUCAAUAUAUAUAUACAGACAUAUACAUGUAGAUAUGGCAAAUAUGCGACGUAUUAUGUUCAAUAGCAAUUUUGUUGAAAGUAGAUAUCGUUAUAUUUUAGAAUGUAACUAGUAUAAUAAUGUAAAUUUUAUAGCUAAAACCAUCAACUUGUGUAUAACAUUGUAAUCAAUUCACUAUGUAUAGAAACUAAAAAUCAUUUGUAAGAUAUUGUCAAAAUCUUUAAUAUGUAGUUUUAAGCCUUGAUUCAUAAUUUUUUAUGAUUCCUGUCGUUCUCCGCUACAUGUGUAUAUCCUUCAUUGAACAAUGUAAUGAUAACGACUAAUUCAUUGAAUAUGUAUUGUAAUAAAUUGAAUGUAUAUUCUAUAAGCAUGAUAAGCUGUAUCGCUUUUGAAUAAAUUGUUUAUCAUUA